UAAUUUUUACGAUUCAUUUCAGGAGAACUUGUGGUCUAAAUUCGGUCGCGAGAAGGCGGGAGGCAAAAUUAACUCGUUGAAAGCGAUUUAAUCAAUAUGGGUGCCAACAGCAGUUCUUUGCGUUCGUCGAUUCCACGGGAAAAGACCGAAACGAAGAUCAUUGCGGAUUCCGAUGUUACCCCAGCGUCAAGAACAUUCACUCCUCCGUUUGUCAUUGCUUUGGCCGACGUGUUGUGUGAACGAUCUGGAUGCAAAGGAGGUUCUCAGAUAGUCGUAAUGGACGCUUUCGUGGCGGUGUGCUUCCCAAAGAACAAAGAUUUGGGCUCCAGAAUUUUUCGCUACUUCAAAGAAACAGUCUCUGAUAAAUCCCAAAACAAGCUCGGCGAUGAAACUAUUUCACGAAAAGAGUUCAUACGUGCUAUGGACGCAAAGUUCACUGCUGUCUGUGGCCAAGAUCAUUUGCAUUUCUUCUUGAGACUUUAUGCUUCAUUGGACGUUGCAGUGAUAAAUAAAGAUGGUUGCGAACAGUUCCUGUGGGCAUGUUACGAUGCGGCGACCUUUUCAGAACACGAAAGCUGUGAAGAGGAAAAAUUCAUAAUUUAUGCCGUCCUCACUUCGAUCUAUCAUCAGAAAAGCGAGGUUAGUGUUGGCUACCUUCAAAACUGGAUGAAGAAGAAUUGUCCCUUCAUCACUGAUGGAUUGAGCAAGUACGUCAUGGCGCGGCUAACAAACGCACACAGUGAGGUGCAUGGGGAUGGAAUCGACUUUCGGUCAACACCUGGACUUCCGCUGAUUGUGAACGGAACCGAUAUUGAUGAAAAAUCGACUUGUUUUACUGACGGACGUGACAAGAUUUUACAUCCGGCUGUUUUGUGGCUGUUGACUGCGACCGUGCCUGAUUUCUACUGGAAACCUAAUCGGACUCCUGUUAGUUGUCACAAACUCUUUUUUCCGACCCUAACCGAAUUGAUUACAAGUUUGAGCGCUCCGAGGAAAUGGACAGUGUUGUAUGACACUGAUCACCACGGCAUGGCGAUGAACAGGUUCAUUCAUCAUGUGAUGAAGUAUCAUGGCCCAACAGUCGUGAUCUUAUACGCUGAUUACGGGUAUCGCUUUUGUCUGGUCGUCGAUGAAGAAUGGAAGGACACCGGUGUCUAUUGGGGAAAGUCGGGCUGCGCACUGAUAGAACUGGGCCCAGAAAUGACCAUGGUGGCCCAGGAACCCAAGAUGAUCUGUUUCAAUUCCUCUAUCCGUGGGUAUCCGAUUGGAAUGUCGCUGGGCACUGAUCCCCGCAAUCCCUUGUUGAGGAUUGGGGAAAGCUGGAAUAAACUGGAGUUCCGGAAAAUCCCUCUACAUUUGCUACGAAUGCAGGUGUUUGGAACAGGGGAACCCAAGUUGGUGGAAACGCAGGACAAGCUGAGGAAAGCGAGGGACGACUACGCUUACAGCAGAAGAGUUGUGGAUCGAAAAAAGCUGUUGGAGGACUACGAAGUUGACAGGCAAAUCUUGGACAUGGGAAGUGCACCACCUACUUUCAACGUGGAUCGGUUUCGAAGGCCGAUUCCGGACGGAUUGGGAUUAGUCUCUGUUUCAGUUGUUUGUUCCGCGUCUUCCUGUGGUGAUUCGGUGUCUCUGAAACCGAUUUUAUGCCUUGACUUCGCGUUUCUGGUUACGCUAGAUUAUGGCGAAGUAACAUUCGAAGUUCAACGCGCAAACCUCUUCAUCACUGUUGGGAUUACCUGUGUUAAUGAAAUGAACGGUGAUCAGCUAUUCUUACCUCUUCAAGCCGAUGAUGGGGAGCCACAAGUUACGACGAUCGCUUCGAUGUGUGUCGAAUGUGGCAAGGACGGAGAAACUAGGCUGUUGCUCACGAGAAUACCUUUCUACAAAGAUGUCGUUCUGAUGUCUUUUCACUGUGAUGACUGUGGCUAUUCGAAUAACGAGUUGCAGUCUGCUGCGAGAAUUGAAGAGAAAGGCGUGAAAUUCGAGGUAUUGACAGUCAGAAGUAGAGCUGAUUUGGACCGAAAAGUUGUCAAGUCCGACCAUGCUUCAGUCAGUUUCCCUUCCCUCGAUCUCGAGAUUCCCAGUGGAUCUCAAAAAGGAGAAAUCACUACUGUGGAAGGAAUCCUGUCCAGGGUGGUGCGAGGAUUAAAACAGGAACAAGUUGUUCGAAAAAUUGUGGAGCCUGAAAAUGCCGCUAAAAUUGAGGAGUUCAUUGAACGCGUAGAGAAAACGUUGGAGUUAUCGGAGCCGUUUUCCAUGAUCCUUAGUGAUCCGUCUGGAAGCAGUUUUGUGGAGAACCCAAGGGCCCCCUCGUCCGAUCCCGAUUUGAUCGUGACAUAUUUUGCAACAACCAAAGAGCAAGAUCAUGAGAUGGGUGUUUUUACCCACGCUGAAGUCCAAAAUGAGACUGAAUCUGCGAUAAAGGACGAAAAUUUGCGGGACGAAGUGCUCAUGUUUCGCACGAACUGUCCUGAAUGUAAUGCUCCCUGUGAAACCAAUAUGAAAGUUACUGAUAUACCAUUUUUCAAAGACGUGGUUAUUAUGGCUACGGUUUGUGAUGCAUGUGGGCAUCGAACGAACGAGGUGAAAUCUGGGGGUGGAAUUUCUGCUAAGGGAAGAAAGCUGACCCUGGAUAUUACUGAUCCUGCAUUGGACAUGACGCGGGACGUUCUGAAGUCCGAAACCUGUUACUUCACAAUCCCGGAGCUGGAAUUAGAAGUGGGCCCAGCGACGUUGGCUGGUCGUUUCACCACUGUGGAAGGACUUCUCGAGUCUAUGAAAGAGCAGUUGACCACUGCUAACCCGUUAUUUGUCGGAGAUACUGCAGAAGCUUCUGUGAAAGCCAAGUUCGAAGCGAUCGCUGCUGCCAUUGAUGAAAUUGUGAAAGGGAACAAACUUGCCUCCAUCAUUCUGGAUGACCCCGCUGGAAAUUCUUACAUACAGAAUGUCUAUGCUCCGGAACCCGAUCCACAUUUGAAAGAAGAGGAGUACGAGCGCACGUUCGAUCAGAACGAGGAACUUGGAUUGAAUGACAUGAAAACGGAUAAUUAUCAAUCAAAUGCUUCGUGAUGGUUUAGCUAUUAUACGCCCGGGGUUUCCGAACCAUUGAACUCUUACUUUCUUGUCAUCGUCAGAAAAAAGUCCAUCAUUUGAAAAAUCACGUGACAUACUCGUAUAACAUCAAACGCCAGGGAAACUAGAUUUUUCCUUUAAACUUGGGCCCAUGAAACAUUGAUUAAGUACCUUUUUUGUCAAUUUCAAAAAUAAAUUUAGUUAUGCUCAGCACACGAAGCUCUUCGCGAGGAGUUAGUGUUACGUAUUCGCAAUUAAUCUGGUGUUUCCAAGAAUCACUGGAGUAAAAAAAAAUCCCCCUUUUCAUUAACUAUUGCGGAAAUCUUCGUGGUUGAUUUCUUGAACAUUUGAAACUUUCAACCAUUAAAUCGCCUUAAGUCAUGGAUGUUCCUCGCGCGAACGAAUCCGCGAGAAAAAAUUGUAUGUCAAUUUCGAACAUCAUUCCCAAGAAAUGGUCGACGCCAAUGAAAUGAGAGGCAAUAUGCUUGCUUUUCGAA